AUGGGGUCAUAUCAAGAUACCAAGACUGGUAGCCAUCAUGAUCUCAACGACGAAGCCCUGGGAAGCUAUUUGUUCUCAGCGCGAGAAAUUCCAACCCUUAAACUGCCAGUGACGACAUCCAAGAUUGGAUAUGGCCAAAGCAAUCCGACCUACUACCUGGAUGAUGCCGCUGGAACACGCUAUAUUUUGAGAAAGAAGCCCACAGGGAAGGCUAUCAGCCCUGUUGCCCACCAGGUAGAUCGUGAGUUCCGGGUAUUAAAAGCCUUAGGAUCCGUUGAAGGGUUUCCAGUUCCCAGGGUUUUCACAUUGUGCACUGACAGCUCCAUCAUUGGCACCCCAUUCUAUGUCAUGGAAUUUGUCAAGGGAAGGAUUAUCACAGAUACCGACAUGAAAGAGCUUCCUCCAGAUGAAAGACGGCAGGCAUGGUUCUCUGCGAUCGAGACUCUGGCUUGGCUUCACUCACUUGAUCCCGACAAGAUUGGGCUCGAAGGCUACGGCAAGAAAACGGGGUUCUACGCUAGGCACUGCGCUACUUGGAGUCGCAUUGAGUCGCAGCAAGCUGCCGUCAAGGAUGAGAAAACCGGAAAGCCUUUGGGGAGAGCCCAUGAGAGAUACGACGAAGUGGUGAGAUACGUGAAGGAGAAUCUACCGCUAGAUCGACACGCCAUUGUUCACGGAGACUUCAAAUUUGACAACUUGAUCCUUCACCCGGAUGAGCCAAGAGUCAUCGCGAUUCUCGACUGGGAACUUUCCACCAUUGGCCACCCACUCAUGGACCUCGUCUUCUGCAUCAGUCCAUUCUUCUCAGAUUACACCAAGAGUGGAAAAUCAUCUGUUUCUCUCACGGAUUCCCCAUACAAGCCAGAGAAUCGAGCAAAGUCGGGUAUUCCCGAGCCAGAUGAACUCCUGGCGCGCUAUGCAGAGAUUGUGGGAUUCGACAUGCGUCAAGAUAACCGAGGCAAAGAUUGGGAUACUGCGAUAAUCUUUCACUACCUUCGAGGAGCUACUAUUGCCCAUGGAAUUCAGGCUAGGGCUAUGAGUGGACAGUCUAGUAGUAGUUUCAGCCACCUGUACUUCUCCAAGGCAAGGCAGGGGACUGAGGCAGCUCUGCGCCGUAUAGAGGCGUUGAGAGACCAGCAAGCAGGAGGCAGCAAGCUUUAG